GAUAAAAAUAAACCUGCAGGGACUCAGUUCUGACUCACAGUGACGCUACAGAAGGCAGAGAAGAACUCCGCCACAGGGUUCGCAAGCCCGUAAAUCUUCACGGAAGCCACGGCCACAUCCUUCCUCCCCGCCCAGCGGCUGGUGAGUUUAAGCCGCUGACCUUUCGGUCAGCAGCCAAGCGCUUAAUCGCUGCACCACCAGGGCUCCUCAGAACGAAGACACCGAGGAGAAAAAUGGAGGCUCAGGCCCUCUGCAAACGGAAACCACUCAGAAGACGACCGGCGGAGGACGCCGGACGCCGGCUUUAGGGACUCUCCCGAAGUCUCGCGGGAUCUCGCUGUGUCUGGCGCUCCGGGGCAGGGUCUGGAGACAUCUCGCGGGAGUUCGGGCGAGUGCUCGGCGGGGCGUUCGCUGCCCUCUGCGUGCCCAGGCGUCUCCCGUUCCCGGUGCUCGGGCCCCGCGGCGUCUGCGGGCGGGUGGGCGCCCUGGGAGCGGCCGGCGGGAUGGGGCCGAGCCGGGUGCGGGCAGUCUUCUUUGAUCUGGACAACACGCUCAUCGACACUGCCGCGGCGAGCAGGAGCGCCACGUUAGAGGUGAUAAAACUCUUACAAUCAAAAUAUCAUUACAAAGAAGAGGCUAAAAUCAUCUGUGAUAAAGUCGAAGUUAGACUCAGCAAGGAAUGUUUUUAUCCUUCCAAUACAUGCAUUACUGAUCUAAGGACUUCAUAUUGGGAAGACGCUAUCCAGGAAACAAAGGGUGGUGCGGCCAAUAGGAAAUUGGCUGAAGAAUGUUAUUUUCUGUGGAAAGCUACACGUUUACAGCAUAUGACACUGGCAGAAGGUGUCAAAGCCAUGCUCGCUGAGCUUCGAAAGGAGGUCCACCUACUUCUGUUAACUAAUGGAGACAGACAGACCCAGAGAGAGAAGAUUGAGGCUUGUGCCUGUCAGCCCUAUUUUGAUGCCAUUGUUGUCGGUGGAGAGCAGAAAGAGGAAAAACCGUCACCUUCCAUAUUUUACUACUGCUGUGAUCUCCUCGGAGUACAGCCUGGGGACUGUGUGAUGGUUGGUGACACACUAGAAACAGAUAUACAAGGAGGCCUCAACGCAGGACUGAAAGCAACCGUCUGGAUAAAUAAAAACAGAAUAGUGCCACAGAAGUCAUCCCCUGUGCCCCAUUAUAUCAUUUCUUCUGUGCUAGACUUACCUGCUGUCUUGCAAAGUAUAGACUGCAAAGUCAGUAUAUCAGAUUAAGGUACCUAAAAAGUCAUGAGUAAGAAUUUUUGAGUCAAAUUACAGACUUUGAACUAAGGAAAGUUGAGACAUUCCGUUUACUAUGGCCCAAUUCUACAAAUAAUUAUACUCUUCUAAAAUCAUGAUUUAAUAUGAGUCAGAAUCCACUCGAUGGCACUGGGUUUAGUUCUUUUGGUUUAUUGCUUUUAAGUUUUGACAGUCAACCAUUGACUGGUUUUUAUAUCUGAAAAUCCAGAUUGCAUUAAUACAGGUUACUUUUAUUAGUAUACACUCGUCCAGAAAACUUGAGAAAAUACUUUUGUUAGUUUGAGACUUGAGAUGUUUAAACUGUUUCAUUCAUCUUUUAGCAUUUUGUCUGCAUGAAGGUACCAAACAGGAUAGCUUACACAUGGAUGUACAGGCAUAGAUUUUAUGUUCUGGCUUAAAAGUUGUCAGGUGCUGUUGAGUUGGCUCUGACUCAUAGUGACCUUACUUGUAAUAGAGGGAAAUGCUGCCCAGUCCUGCGCUGUUCUCACAAUCAUGAACUAUGUUUAAACCCAUUGUUGUAGCCACUGUGUCAGUCCAUCUCAUUGAAGGUCUUUUUCAGUGACCCUGUACUUUAACAAGCAUGAUGUCCUCUCCAGUGAUUCCCUCCCACCCCCACCCCAAUGACGUGUCCAAAGUAUUUGAGACGAAGGCCAUCUUUGCUUCUAAGGAGCAUUCUGGCUGUACUUCCUUCAGGAGUGAUUUGUUCAAUCUUUUGGCAGUCCAUGGUAAAUUCAGUAUUCUUCACCAACACCACAACUUGAUGAAUCAGUUCUUCUUUGGAUUUCCUUUUUCAGUUUCCAGCUUUCUCGUGCAUAUGAAGCGAUUGGAAAAACCAUGUCUUGGGUCAGAUGCAACUUAAUUAUCAAAGUGACAUCUUUGUUUUUUAAGAUUUUAAAGAGGUCUUUUGCUGCAGAUUUGCCCAACGCAAUGUGUCGUUGAUUUCACUGCCGCUUCUGUGGGCAUUGAUUAUUGAUCCAAGUAGAAUGAAAUCCUUGACUCCAGUUUCUUCACCAUUUAUCAUGAUAUUUGUGGGCCAGUUGUGAGGACUUUUGUUUUCUUCACGUUCAUUUAAAAAUACUUAGAUACACAAAGACAUACAUAUAGUAGAGAUUUAUUGGAGUAAAUGGGAUCUAGUUAAUAUGAAAUAAGUACUAAGUCACAUGCAAAUCUAGGCAUUUUAUGGUUAAAUUACAUUUCUUAAAAAUGUAUAAACAAUAUUUUUGCCUACUUUAAAUUUAUACUUAUAUGAGGAAGCCCUGGUGCCAUGGUGGUUAAACUAUGACUGCUAACCAAAACGUCGGCAGUUUGAAUCCAGCAGGCGCUCCUUGGAAAUCAUAUGGGAAAUCUACUCUGUCCUAUAGGGUGCUAUGAGUCGGAAUUGACCUGACAGCAACAGGUUUUUUUUUUUUUUUUUUUUUUUUAUUCUCUUAAGAAUUUAAUUUUUCUCCAUGAUUUUUUUCUCUCUUCUCUUUUUCUGUGUAUACAUGACAGGAGCCCUUGUGGCGCAGUGGUUAAGAGCUAUGGCUGCUAACCAAAAGGUCAGCAGUUAAGUUCUACCAGUCACUCCUUGGAAAUCCUAUAGGGCAGUUCUACUCUGUCCUAUUGGGUCACUAUGAGUCAGAAUUGACUCAACGGCAACAGGUUUAUUUGUUCGUUUGUUUUUUGGUAUACAUAACAGAACCUUCAGUAAAAAAAAAAAAACAAAACUGUUAAAAUCAACAUGUGCUCCUUUUCCAUGA